UGUUCCUCCAGUUAUUAGUAGAUUAUUUCUCAGUGUUUAAUUUUAUCAAAAUGGAAGAAAACAGUAUUAAUUCAACUCCAUCAGACAUAAAGGAAGCAGCGAGACAAAUUACCGAAAAUUUACUGCCUGAAAAAUCGAAGGAACAGUAUAAAGCAUGCUACCUACAAUUCACAGCGUGGCAAAGUGAAAAAAAUACGACUUCAGUAUCAGAGGAAACGAUGCUUGUUUAUUUUGAAGAAUUAUCAAAAAAAUUCAAACCAUCAAGCGUUUGGUCAAAAUAUUCUAUGAUAAGGAGUACCGUUUUGAACAUUCGUCGUGUCGAUAUUAGUCAAUAUAAACAGUUGGCUGCUUUUCUGUCAAAAAACAGCAAAGGAUUUGAAAGCAAAAAAUCUCAAACUCUUCAACCUGAUCAAGUCGAGCAAUUUUUACGAGAAGCCCCGGACAAUCAAUAUUUAGCUAUAAAGGUGGCGUUAAUACUUGGGAUUGCUGGAGCAUGCAGAAGGGAGGAAUUGAAAAAUAUAACGUUGCAAGAUAUCAAACAUCAGGAAAAUAUGGUGCUUAUCACAAUUCCAAAAACAAAGACUUAUGUUUCACGAAAAUUUGUAGUGGAAGGAGAAUUUUACGAAAUUUUCAGGAAAUAUGAAGCAUUGCGACCACAAAAUUGUGUCUCCGAUCGAUUCUUCCUAUCCAUGCGAAACGGAAAAUGCACCCAACAAGUAAUCGGCAUAAAUACACUCGGAGCUAUGCCCAAGGUAAUAGCUGAAUAUUUACAACUUGAGGAACCUGAAAAGUACACAGGACACACUUUUCGUCGCACCUCUACAACGAUAUUAGCAGAUUCUGGAGCCGACCUAAUGACUUUAAAACGCCACGGAGGGUGGAAGUCGGAUAAAGUCGCGAUGGGAUAUGUGGAAGAUUCAAUUUUUAGUAGAAAAAAAAUAUGUAAACAGAUAUGUAGUUCUAUAAACCUACAACCCUCCGUCUUAUCAACUUCCGAGCCUGCUGUCAAUGUACCUCAAGAAAACACUGAAAACAGCGUGAAUUUUAAUGCUGCAACGUCAAAUGUGAAUCAAGAAAAAGAAAAUGCAUCACUUGUGUCAAAUAUGUUGGAAGAAAGAAAAAUUUGUCUCAAUUUGAGCAACUGCCAAGUAACGUUUAAUUUCACAAAUAAAUAA